ACAUUUGUAACGAGCAGAAGGGUGGGCUACUGCUACUGAUACUGCUGUUAUGUGAUGGACAGAGAGUAGGCAACAUUUCUUCUUAGAUAUGGGCUGCGCUGGAGGGUGGCUGCUCCAGGCUGUGUGUCUGCUGUCUACCCUUCUGGAUUAUGGUGCGGUGAGGGUAACCAUGAGACUCUCCAAUCUGGAGAUGGUUCAGGGGGACUCGGUGACCCUGCCCUGCUCCUUCUUCACCAUGAGUCCCCUGUCCAGACUCAACAUCAUCUGGACCCUGGCACCCUUCUCUGACCCAGACUCCCCCACACAGGUGAUAGUGUUUGAUCAUGGCCAGGUGAUCGAGAACCCCUCCCUGACAGGCAGGGUGGGUUUCCUAGGCAUCCCCUGGAGUGCUGACAUCAUCCUCAACAACACACGCAUCUCAGAUGCUGGCACCUACCGCUGCAUGGUGAGCAACCCCCCAGAGACUGGAGACCCUGGUAUAGGGGAACUGGCCCUUAACGUCCUGGCACCACCCUCGCUGCCCCUGUGCCUGUGGGAUGGGGUCACUGAUACAGGGGGGAGCGUUGCCCUGUCCUGCAUGGUGGCUGAGGGGGUGCCCACUCCCGAGAUGCGGUGGGAUAAAUUGGAACCAGAGGAAAUCUCACUACCCAUCAACAUGGACGGGGACCUAUCAGGCUCUGUCCAGAUAGUCAACAUCUCGUCCCAGAACUCUGGGCUGUACCGCUGCUCCGUCACCAACCUCCUGGGGACCCAGAACUGUUACGUCAACCUGUCUAUCUACAGCCCUCCAGCCAGCUCCCCAGGGAUCCUCCAGGGGGUGUUGUUGACCCUGUCCAUGGCCCUGGUGCUGUUGGCCCUGCUGGUGCUGGUACUGUGGCUUCAUCGCUCUGGCCAGAAGAGAAAGUGGACGGAGGGAAAGGAAGAGGAGUGUUAUAACGAGAUAAGAUACACUCCCUCUCUGAUCAAACGCUCCUUUGUUUGAUCCCUCCAUCCAAGGAAGACAAAAACACCUGGAUGCCUUCUACAAAAAAAAAAAAAAAAAGAUUCAACUCACACUCUACAACUCAUUCAACUGAACAUUUGUUUCAUAAAAUGUGUUAAGAAUGAGUGUGCAUUCCAUUGGAGAAUGAAGAGAGUUACCUAACCGUGCCCUGCAGAUAGACAUUGGUUCCCACUAUUGAAAUAUUUCUCCCAUAGAAUACUUGAUAAACUAACUUUUUUUGCUAAUAAAAUGUUU